UUUGUUGUUUAACAUCCAAAGAAAAAAACGAAUUGGAACACUGCAGCCACUUCGGAAAGGAAUUUACUGCAUUUUUUAGCCGUACAUUGAUAGUAAAAAAGAAAUCUUAAGAUACUUUUAACUUAGCGGCAAAAUGUAUCCUUGGAGUUCCGCAAAUUAUUCACCGGUAGCAGGUGGUGUUGGUACAAUGACUAUGCCGAAUAGCAUUGACGAUCAGGAGAAACUAUUGGCCGAAGCCAUUAGUUCUGCUCGCAAGCAGGCAUUUCAAAUGAAUCAUUUUUUGGACAAGGAACGUAUGCUGGAUGCAUUGAAAUGUGCCAGCGCCAUGUUAAGUGAAUUACGUACAUCCAUGUUGUCACCGAAAAGCUACUAUGAAUUGUAUAUGGUGAUAACCGAUGAAUUGUGUCAUUUGGAGUUGUACUUGAGUGAGAAGGCUUCAAAGGAAACGGAUCUUUACGAGCUGGUUCAGUAUUCGCACACUAUAGUGCCCCGUUUGUAUUUGCUUAUUACUGUCGGUAUUGUGUACAUUAAGAAUGAUCGUUCCCUGAAGCGCAGUAUACUCAAGGAUCUGGUGGAAAUGUGUCGUGGUGUACAACAUCCUUUGCGCGGCUUAUUUUUACGCAAUUAUCUGUUGCAAUGUACACGUAAUAUUUUACCCGAUGUUUUAGUGGCCGACAAUGAACAUGAGGGCAAUGUUUAUGAUGCCAUCGACUUUGUUUUGACCAAUUUUGCCGAAAUGAAUAAAUUAUGGGUACGUAUGCAACAUCAGGGUCAUUCGAGUGAAAAGACUCGUCGUGAAAAAGAACGUGAAGAAUUGAAAAUUUUGGUUGGUACCAAUUUGGUACGUUUAUCGCAAUUGGAAUCUGCAUCUCUGGAGAUCUAUCAACGUUUAAUAUUGCCCGGCAUUUUAGAACAAGUGGUGAGCUGUCGUGAUGCCAUAGCCCAGGAAUACUUGAUGGAAUGUAUUAUACAAGUAUUUCCAGAUGAAUUUCAUUUGCAAACUUUAGAUCCUUUUCUAAAGUCUUGUGCCCAACUGCAGACCGGAGUAAAUGUUAAGAACAUAAUAAUAUGUUUAAUUGAUCGCUUGGCCACCUACAAUCAAAGAAGUGGAAAGAACAAUGGAACUGAUAUUGAAUCUAUUAUACCACCAGAAGUAGAACUCUUUGAAGUAUUUAGCGUGCAAGUUGCCAAUAUUGUACAGACUCGCUCUGACAUGCCUUUGGAAGAUACCAUAUCAUUGCAAGUUGCUUUAUUAAGUCUUGCACAAAAAGUCUAUCCAGAUCGUGUUGAUUAUGUGGAUAAAGUAUUAGGCACAACGACCAAGAUUUUGGAAUGUCUCGAAAUGAACAAUAUUUCUCAUUUGUUAUCUGUUAAUCAGGAGCUGUCCCGUCUCUUGCGCAUUUGCAUUGACUUUUACAAUAAUGUUUUGACUGUUAUACAAUUAAACAAUUUCUGUCCUUUACUGGAGAAAUUCGAUUACACUUCACGUAAAACACUGGCUUUAUAUUUACUCAUGAAUGUGUUGGAAUAUGAGACAUUAAUACCAACAGCAGAACAGGCUGAUGCUGUUUUAAAUAUAAUAACUCCUCUAAUUAAAGAUGAUGAAACUAUUGUGACUAAAAAUGGACAGGAACCAUCGGUUGAUCCCGAUGAAUUUGCUGAAGAACAAGGUAUUGUGGCACGUUUUAUACACCUGCUUAGAUCUGAGGAUCCCGAUAUGCAAUAUAAGAUCUUGCAAUCAGCACGCAAACACUUGGGCGCUGGUGGAGCACAACGUAUUAAACAUGUUCUACCACCUCUAGUGUUCUCAGCCUAUCAGUUGGCAUAUAAAUAUAAAGCCAAGGCCGAGGAAGAUGAGAAUUGGGAUAAGAAAUGUCAAAAGAUUAUACAAUAUUGUCACAGCACUAUAUCGGCUUUGGCUAAGGCCGAUUUAGCGGAAUUAGCUUUAAGACUGUAUCUUCAAGGCGCUUUGGUCAUUGGUGAAAUUGGUUAUACAAAUCAUGAGACCGUAGCCUAUGAGUUUAUGACACAAGCAUUUUCCCUCUACGAAGAUGAAAUCUCAGAUUCUAAAGCCCAAUUGGCGGCUAUUACUUUAAUAAUGUCUACUUUCGAACAAAUGUCCUGCUUUGGCGAGGAAAAUGCCGAUCCAUUAAGAACUAACUGUGCUUUAGCUGCUUCAAAAUUGCUCAAAAAACCCGAUCAAUGUAGAGGUGUAGUGGCGUGCGCUGCCCUCUUCUGGAGUGGCAAAAAAAAUGGCGAAGAAAUGCGUGACGAAAAGAAAACUUUGGAUUGUUUGAAGAAAGGAGCACGUAUUGCUUCACAGUGCUUAGACAUAGGUGUUCAAGUGCAACUGUACGUGGAGCUACUUAAUCAUUAUUUGUUCUAUUUUGAACGUGGCAAUUCUUUAAUAACAGUUGCCAUGCUCAAUCAGCUAAUUGCUAAAAUCAAUGAGGAACUACCUAAUUUGGAAACCAGCGAAGAAACAAAACAAAUUGAAAUGCAUUAUAAGAAUACUUUGGCCCAUAUAAAAAGUCGCAUGGAAUCGAAUGAUGUGGGCUUAGAGGUUUCAUUUGCGGGUAUAUCGAUACAUUAAUGGGUAUUACGGAAUAAGUUCAGUUACUUUUUUAAUACUAUUGCAUUUUCAAUGAAAUUGAAAAUUGACAAAAAAAAUUAUGGUUAUUAUUUUUACACAUUAUUCCCUCUAGACAAAUUCAAAAAAACACUAACAUUCACAUUAUUAUUAUUAAUUUUUGGUUAAUAUAAUAAAAAAACAAGCAUAGUGGUCCCUCCCUAUUACAGUAACUUAAAUACAUACAUACAUAAGUGUCAUGUUAAACAAACACACAAAAACAUAUAACUUCUUCGAUAUUUAAAUGUAUUAUGUUACACGGUUUAAACUGAUGGAUUACUUACUGUAUAUUAAGUUAAGAAGUAUUCAAAAUCGCAAAUAACAAAUUAUUUUAAUCAAUAACUCUUUAAUUUCAGCUCUAAAUUUA